AUGGAUUGGGAGAGAGGCAUAUGGAAUGCAGCUUUCUCAGGGGAUAUGGAUCGCAUCCAACAGUUAAUUGACAGAGCAAGGAGUCCAAAAGAUCUAGUGAAUAGUCUAGACAAUGCUGGAUACACAGCACUACAUUAUGCUGCACGCAAUGGACAUGUUAAAAUUUGUGGCAUUCUUUUAAGCAAUGGAGCAGACAUUAAUGCUCAAACGAGAAGUGGUAAAGCCACACCUCUAUUUAAAGCAACAGCAGCAGAUAAGGAAGAAGUGGUUAAAUAUUUAAUUAAAAAUGGGGCACAGAUUAAUUUACAAGAUGCUGAUGGCAAAACACCACUUCAUAAAGCUGUGGAAAACAAAAAUCAUACAAUCAUUCAACUUUUACUUGAAGCUUGUCCCUCUUCAAAAAACAUAAAAGAUAAUAAAGGUAACCUUGCAAUUGUG